CGGAAUGCCAAGGCGCUUCAACUUUCUUCCGCGUCGCCGUGAUGGCGAUCAACUUUGAGCUUGACCUUAACACGCACACUCAACAGGCGUGUUGCAAGCAUGGGCAACGAUGGCGGCAGCAUUCCGACGCGUCGCGAACUCGUGAAAGAAGCGGCAAAGGAUAAGACCACUGCGCAGGUCAAAGAGGCACAGCACGAACAGCAGGAGUAUCACUGGUCCACGGAUCCAAUAUCCCGCGAACCUCUUGCGCAGCCCGUUGUGUCGGACUCCUCGGGAAAGCUGUACAACAAAUCAACGAUACUGGAGUAUCUUGUCGAGGGAGUGCGGAAGGAAGACGCGGACGUCGUUACGCAAGGCGCGAUCAAAUCGCUGAAAGACAUUGUAGAGGUCAAGUUUGAGGUGGACGCGGACGCCACGAAUGAUGGCGUGAGAAAGGAAGUCUGGAAGUGUCCAGUGACUGGCGAUAAGUUGGGCCCCGGGUCGAAGGCCGCCUAUCUGGUUCCCUGUGGACAUGCUUUCUCGGGCAGCGCGAUCAAGGAAGUCUCGGGCGAGAAGUGCUUGACCUGCGAGACCGAGUACGCGAGUAACGAUAUUAUCCCAAUUCUGCCCACUGCUGCAACAGAUAUUGCAAGGUUAGCGCUGAGGGUGAAGACGUUGCAAGAGAAGGGCCUGGCACAUUCCCUGAAGAAGGCGAGCGGAGGGAAGAAGAGGAAGAAAGGAAAGGAUGAGACCGAGAACGGGGACGGCAACGCGGAAGGCAGAGGAGAAAAGAGGUCCAAGAACGAAAUGAACGGCAGCAAUGGGAUCAACAACUCAUCUGCCGCUUCAAUCGCCGCAAAGGUCGUGAGGGAGCAGGAGCAGUCGAAGAAAAGGAAGAUGGAAAACGACAAUGUGAAGAGUUUGUUCUCGACGAAGGACCAAAAUAACAGAAAUGGAAAGAACGCCGACUUUAUGACGAGAGGCUUCUCCGUGCCAUCGCAGAGCAAGAGAUGACGCAGCGUAUGCUCGAGCACCAAAGAUGAGAGAUUCGUCUCGGCACAACAUGGAAUUCAGAAGGACCCCAUUACUUCGCUUCAUGCUAAGCGCUUUAAAGCAGCCAGAAGGUCUUGCCGCAUCGGGAUAUCUUUGCUAAUGCCCAAAGUGAUCCCACGAUACCGUCGAAUGCCAAUGCAGAACAUCUUCCAGCUGGCAGCGGCAUCUGAGUCAAGCAUGCAUCAAUACUUCCAGCGUCCUCUUGCUCCCAGCCCCAGGACGAUUCUCCACGCAUCGCAUAUCUCAAUGCUGCCUCUACGCCGUCUUGCGUCUACAGCCUGAACUCGAUCUCCUCGCACUCGAUCUCGCACCCACGACCGCCUAGCUGAAGCCUCGCGAACAAGUCUACCAGAUUGUCCUGCUCGCCCCCACCGUACUGCCGAGAGUGGUCGUACCAGGACGUCAAGUGAUCCUCUGACAUGGCCAUAAGCAAUGCCUCACCGACUGUCCAUCCCUCUUCCUUGAAAGGAAGAGACACCAACGCACAUCCUAUUAUCACCUCAAAAGCUUUCCAGUGA